GCAUGAGAUAUUCAAGUGAACAACACACCAAAAGAAAAAGCAUUAUAUCAUUUUACAAGCUGUAGUACUAAUGGCAACUGCGAAGUUCCAGAUUGGUUACUGGGUGGCAUCCACGGAAAAACCAUUUCCACCUCAGAACGACCCCAUACCCUUCUUCACUCACCUCUACUAUGCGUUUCUUCAGGUUCAAGCGGAGACUGGCGAGCUGAUAAUCCCUGUAGAACUUGAGCAAGAUAUGAACACCUUCGUUCAGUGUGUUCAUGAUAAGCAGAAGAAAGCUAUCGUAUCCAUUGGAGGUACGAAACCAAACAAUUCUAAGUCUGAUGAUCCCUCCAUCGCUAUCUCUACAAUGGCAAAGAGCGCUGCGAAACGCAGCAAGUUUAUCGAAUCAACCUUUGCUUUCGCCAAAAACUAUGGCUUUGAUGGUCUUGAGCUUGCUUGGGUUUAUCCAAAAACAAAAAACGACAUGAGAAACCUGACCAAUCUCUUUAGUGAGUGGAAAGCUUCUAAUACUGAGAAGAAGCUUCUUUCAGCUGCAGUUUAUUGCCAACCCAACAUUCCGAAUGAUUCGAAUCAGGAAAUCAAAUACCCUGCGGAACUUGACAAACAUAUUGAUAUUUUGAAUAUAAUCCUCUACAAUUAUUGUCCUGUCACUUGUCAACAUUCUCAAUUCAAUCCCAGCAACCCUGGCCCUGUUAACAGCAGUAAACUUGCAAUCGAUCUCUGGAGUGAAGCUCGAAUUUCGAAGUAUAAACUCGUUAUGGGUAUUCCCUUGUAUGGAGGGAAAUGGAUAUUGGCUGACGAAAAAGAUACCAGCAUUGGGGCACCAGUUGAAGGCUACCUUGGUCGCGUGGCGUAUAGAGACAUUCCUGAUCCAGAAGCUGGAAAAUUUGAUGACAAGGUUACCAAGUGCAUGUACAAGGCUGAAAAUGAGGGUGAUAGAGCUGUCUGGUAUGGGUAUGAAGCUACGCCUUCUGUCAUGGAAAAGGUCGAGUAUGCUAAGAAAAAUCUUGGUGGGUAUUUCUUAUAUUCCAUUGGGUAUGAUGAUGACGACUUCACUCUGUGUAGCGCUGCUGCAGAGCAAAUGGGAUGAGCUUGAGAUUGAAGAUCUAUCUAGCUACCAACCAGGGUGGAUUUCAAUAUUUAAAUAACUGCGAACUAUGUAUAAUCUUCGCACUAUAAUGAACCACCUCAUGGUCACUUGAUGUGUGUGUUGGUAUUGUGUUGUAUUAAGUAAAAAUUGGUCACUUUAGGGGCCAAUUGUUAUCGUUCCUGUGAUUUAUGUUUAUGUGUAUUAUGAAAUAAAUUAAAUAAAUGAUUGUGUGUGUGUUUUAUGUUU